CCACAGCACCACCCGGGACUAUUUGCACACAGACGCCUGUAGCGUGUCGAGGUACGCGGAGUUGUGUGUGACUACCAGCCGGAUCGAUUCCCCAGCAAUUAGUCACCUCCAAUUAGUUCCCAUUAAUCAGCCAGCCUGCCAGUCAGACUGUCACUCGGUAUUCAUCUGCUGCUGCUUUCUCCACGGACAACAACAGCUGGGAUGUGUGAGUAGAAAGCCCGCCAGGCUCACCUACAGCACCCAGAGGUGUCUCUAAACAUGGACACGAUAGGAGUGUCAUUUUUGGACCCUUUGGAUGAUUACGAGUUAAUUCACCGGAUUGGGUGCGGCACCUACGGAGAUGUUUUCAAGGCUCGUAACAUCAGGACGUCUGAACUGGCAGCUAUCAAGAUUGUCAAGCUCGACCCUGGUGAUGACAUCACGGCCAUCCAGCAGGAGAUCACCAUGAUGAAGGAGUGCAAGCACAAAAACAUCGUGGCCUACUUCGGCAGCUACCACAGGAACACCAAGCUGUGGAUCUGCAUGGAGUACUGCGGUGGGGGGUCACUUCAGGAUAUUUACCACGUGACGGGCCCAUUAAAGGAGAAGCAGAUAGCAUACGUGUGCAGAGAAACCCUCCAGGGUUUGUAUCACCUGCACGAAACUGGCAAAAUGCAUAGAGACAUAAAGGGAGCCAACAUCCUUUUGACAGAGAGAGGAGAUGUGAAACUGGCUGAUUUUGGAGUGGCAGCAGAGAUCAGUGCCUCCGUUGCCAAAAGGAAGUCUUUUAUAGGAACUCCUUACUGGAUGGCUCCAGAGGUGGCUGCAGUUGAGAAGAAGGGUGGGUACAACCACCUGUGUGAUAUCUGGGCUGUCGGCAUCACCGCCAUCGAGCUGGCUGAGCUCCAACCACCCAUGUUUGACCUCCACCCAAUGAGAGCGCUGAUGUUGAUGUCCAAGAGCAACUUCCAGCCUCCCAGACUAAAGGACAAAACCAAAUGGUCAAUAGGUUUCCAAAGCUUCGUGAAGAUGUCUCUCAUUAAAAGCACUCGUAAAAGGCCCUCAGCCGAGACACUGCUGCAGCACCCGUUUGUGACCCAGCUCCUGACUCGCAACUUGGUCAUUGAGCUGCUGGACAUGGCCAACAACCCUGAGCUCCACACCACCCACACACACAGCAUGGACGACAACGAGCUAGAGGUUGGGGAAGUGGCUCCUGACAAGAUUCAGUCAGCAGGGAAACACCUGCCUGUGGAAAGAACCUUGUCUGAAGAACAAUUUGACCAAGUGAAGUUUGGGCCUCCAAUGAGGAAAGUCACUGAGCCCUAUCCUAAUUUGCCGGGCUCUUAUGAUGACGACUGGAGUCUGUCUGGAGAUGAAGACAAUUCACCGAGCCUGUUGGAAUGUGUGGAGCAAGCUCUGCAGCUGAGGAGUUUAACCAUCAGGAGGGCGCCAUCUACUGAUGGAGGUAGGAAGAGUGGUUUGUAUGGUCCGUCUACAGCCUCCCUGCCAGCCUUCAGCUCUUUAAGCCCCAACACAGAGGACAGUGACCUGACAGUGAGACCCAGCUGCACACUGCGCCCCGACGCUGCCAUCACUGCUGACUCCACCUCCACUACGGCGUUGGCAAGGUGCUCAGCGACACAGGACAUCAGACAGCGCUGCAGUGAUCCAAGUCUGCUUGUGGGGGAUGCUGCAACAGAAGGGGAGAAGAGGAAAAUCGCCACGGUUUCCUCUCCAAAAAGAGAGACACCCCUAUCACCUGAAUGGAGCACGCUGAGGAAAAAGACGGAGGAUGACAGGGCUGAUUGUCAUGGACUUCCUCCUACCCCUCAAGUCCAUAUGGGAGCCUGCUUCUCCAAAGUCUUCAACGGUUGUCCUCUUAAAAUCAACUGUGCUGUCACAUGGAUUUUACCCAAGACAAGAGAUCAGUACCUUAUUCUUGGUGCAGAGGAGGGAAUCUACACACUGAACCUUAAUGAGCUUCAUGAAGAUACACUAGAGAAGCUGCUCCCUCAGCGAUGCACAUGGCUGUAUGUUAUGAACAACGUGCUGAUGUCUGUAUCAGGGAAGUCUUCCCAGCUGUAUUCCCACAGUCUGCCGGCUCUGUUUGAACAGAGAGGACAUCUGCAGAAGAAACAGAGCAGUUUGUCACUCAACACCAGCCGCUUCAGUGAGAGGAUCAGCUCCAGCCAAAGAAAGUUUGCCAUAUCUGUGAAGAUCCCUGAUACUAAAGGAUGUAGGAGAUGUAGUGUAGCAAGAAACCCAUACACAGACAGCACAUUUCUUUGUGGCGCAGUUCCAUCUGGCCUGGUUCUUCUAUUGUGGUAUGAGCCUCUGCAGAAGUUCAUGCAUCUAAAGCAUAUAGCGAUGAAGCUACCUGACUCUCUGCCAAUAUUUGAGCUGCUGGUGUUGGUGUCGGACGAGUUUCCUCAGCUGUGUGUUGGGGUGAGAGACUGUAGUAACGGGAAACACCCAAACAGCCAACAGCUCAAGUUUGAUAUUAUAGAGCUGAACAGCACGCCUAUUUCAGCACCAGAUAGUGGAGCACUCAUGGCAGUACAGGUAACACAAAUGGACAGGGACACUGUUCUCAUCGCAUUAGAAAAAACUGUUAGGAUAGUGAACCUCCGAGGGCAUCCAUCAAAAGAGCUGGCUGCAGAGAUGAUCUUUGACUUCCCCAUUGAAACUCUAGUCUGUUUACAGGACAGUGUGCUGGCUUUCUGGAAGCACGGCCUUAAAGGAAAGAGUUUUCAUUCAAAUGAGGUGACGCAGGAAAUUACAGAUGAGAGUCGAGAAUUUAGAGUUCUGGGAACAAACAGGGACAUCAUCCUUCAGAGCACACCACCAGAUGACCCCUCAGCACUAAGCAAUCUGUACAUCCUGACUGGACAUGAGAGCAGCUACUGAGAGAAAAAUGGGUCAACAGCUUCAACACUCACAUUGAAGAGAAAUGCCGAUCCGUUCAAUGACACCAGCACCAACUGAUCACAACAACUCUCUGCUGUGAGUGACAAAUGUCAGUGUGGAAUUCAGUUCACCCAUCCAGAGUCAAACUUUAAGUUGUCGGGCAACACAUGUAUAAGAGAGACUUGCUAAGUGGGUUUCUAACUCUUGUGUUUGCAGAUUUAAAGCUACAAGAUUUUCAUGUAAAAACAAUUUAUCAUAUCGGCUUAAAUCCCAGUGUGACUGCAGCUAAUAUACAUGCUAUAGAUCUACUGUUGUCAGUAUGGAAUAUGUAGAACAAUGUGUACAUAACAUCUGUGACCGCACAUCUGCAGACUCUUGUCAAUCAAACUUGUUUCCAUUGGUUGAACUGCAGCUGAAGACUGUUGGACUUUGGCUUCACUACUCAGCCAUAGGUGUGAGUAUAUGUACACUGACAGUGGUACCCAAGACCAUGUCAUUCUGAUAAUUACAUUUAAAUGUAUUUUGAGGAUUGUAGAAUGUGCUUUUACAUUAUGUGCCACCGUGUUGAGAGAGCGCCAGGGCUAAGAAAUCGUGAAUAUUUCUGAAUAUGAAGGGUCCUUUCAUUGCAGUCAGUCACCCAUUGGUGCCAAACACCGCUUUACAAGUGACUCUGUCCCUCCUCCAUCUGCUUUAUUAUUAAUUAAACUUAAACAUAGGCUAAAUGUACAUUUGGUUACAUGAGGUGCCAUAGAAACGGAAUGCAAUUAAAGUGUGCUUCUACCAGUUUGACUAAAAUGUAAAUUCCACUACAUUAGAGUUUUGUGUGUAAUGAUAUUUGUUAUUUAUGGAAAGGGAACUGUACAAGUAACACUCAGCUUUCCCUGAGAGAUACUUGAAAGACACAAUAUGCAUAUGGAUAUUUGUUUUUUAAGAUGUUUUUAUUGUUAUUGUUUAUACAUUUUAAGUAUAUAACAAUAGAGUAUGCUCUUGUGGUAUGGAGGGGUUGUAAUAUGAGCAAUAAAGAUUUUAAUAUCCUUUGAA